CGGGUUCUGUGUGAAGUGGGCGGUGGAGCCUGAGUCCCUGGAAUGGCGGAGACUCUCUCAGGCCUAGGCGAUUCGGGUGCGUCGGGCGCAGCGGCUCUGAGUUCCGCCUCGUCGGAGACUGGGACACGCGGCCUGAGCGAUCUGCGGGUGAUCGACCUGAGUGAGGAGCUGAAGAAACGUAAUCUCGAUUCUAGCGGCAACAAGAGCGUUUUGGUGGAGCGCCUGAAGAAGGUAAUUGAAGGCGAGGGGGGUAAUCCUGAUGAAAUUGAAAUUACCUCUGAAGGAAACAGGAAAACAGCAAAGAGAUCCAGCAAAGGGCGUAAACCAGAAGAGGAGGGUGCAGAAGAUAAUGGGUUGGAGGGAAAUUCUGGAGAUGGACAGGAUGACGUUGAAACAAGUUUGGAGAACUUGCAGGGCAUGGACAUGACGGAUAUCAGUGUUUCAGAUGAAGCAGAGAUAGAUAAUGGGAGCGUUGCAGAUUGUGUGGAGGACCAGGACACUGACAAUCUGCAGGAGUCCUUAUCUGACAGAGAGCUGGUGGAGGGGGAGAUGAAGGAGCUUCCAGAGACGUUCCACGAGCAUGCUGAGAUGGAGGACAAAGACACUAUAAAUAAUUCAGAUAUUUCAUCAUCUGAUUUCACUAUAUUAGAGGAAAUUGAGGAGCCGUCCCUGGAGCCAGAAAAUGAGAAAAUACUCGACAUUUUGGGGAAAACUUGUAAAUCUGAGCCAGUAAAAGAAGAAGGUUCUGAGCUGGAGCAGCCAUUGGCACAGGAUACAAGUAGCGUGGGGCCAGACAGCAAGCUUGCUGAGGAAGAGGACCUUUUUGACAGCGCCCAAGCGGUCGAGGAGCAGGAGGAGGGCGAUUUAGAUUUGGCCAGUGAGUCAACACACGCUCAGUGGAGCAAGGCAGACACCCUAUUAGCAGUAGUGAAAAGGGAACCCGAGGAGCCUGUCGAGGAGCCGACAGGCGAUGGCGAGAGCGCGGACUCUGAGCCCGCGGGGCUAGAGAAGCCAGUUGAGCAGAGUAGUAAAGGCCCAGAAGACGCGUUCGCCUCCAGGGAGGAGGUGACCACAGAGGCGCCACAGGAAGCCUCAAGCCCUGAGUCCAGAGAUAGCAAAGAAGACGUGAAGAAGUUUGAUUUUGAAGCUUGUAAUGAAGUUCCUCCAGCUCCUAAAGAGUCCUCAGCCAGUGAGGGCACUGAUCAGAAAAUGAGUUCUAGGGAAGAGGACUCUGAUACAAAACGACUUUCCAAAGAUGAAAAGGGCCGCAGCAGUUGUGGUAGAAAUUUCUGGGUCAGUGGACUGUCUUCUACCACCAGAGCUACAGAUUUGAAGAAUCUUUUCAGCAAAUAUGGAAAGGUGGUGGGAGCCAAGGUUGUGACAAAUGCUCGGAGUCCUGGAGCUCGCUGUUAUGGCUUUGUUACCAUGUCCACUGCAGAGGAGGCCAUGAAGUGCAUCAGCCACCUCCAUAAAACGGAGCUCCAUGGCAAGAUGAUCUCGGUGGAGAAGGCCAAAAAUGAACCUAUUGGCAAGAAGACCUCUGACAAGAGAGAGGGCGAAGGGAAAAAAGACAAAAAGAAGCAGGAGGAAGCUGAGGGUGCCAGAUUCCUCAAUAGCCCAUCCGGGGAAUAUGGGGGGAUUUCCGACGGACUUGGAGGCUGA